AUGCAUUUUAUGUGGCAAGUGUUGUCUGGGUGCAUCUCGAUCUCGGCAACCCUAAGACGUCGGGGUAUUGCUUGUGACCCAGGUUGUGCAAGAUGUGAGGCUGAAGAGGAAACAAUAAAUCAUGCGAUUUUUCGGUGUCCCCCAGCCCGCCAGGUUUGGGCUUUAGCUUAUGUGCCAGUUGGACCAAAUUCCUUUCCCACAGAGUCUCUAUAUGCCAAUGUUGAUCACUUCUUAGGUUCGUUAAAUCCGGGUGCGCAGGUACAGGCUUUCCCAUGGCUCAUGUGGUAUAUUUGGAAAGCGAGAAAUGCUUGCGUUUUUGAAAAUUUAAUGGAAAAACCAGAGGAUGUAGUGAGGUUAGCGGUUGGAGAAGCGUUUUCCUGGUUACAGGCUCAGGUAAAGGAGGUGGAGGAGGAUCCAAUACCAGUUCCCAACCCUGCUUGUGCUCGGGGAGUGGGGCGAUUAGGUCACCUCCCUACUAGUUACUCAGGUUAUCGGUGUUUUGUAGAUGGAUCGUGGAAAGUAGGCGAUGUUUUUGCGGAUGCAGGAUGGGUGUGUUCAUCCUUUCAGGACGCUUUCACGACGAGGGGUGCUGCCAAUUUCCGGCGUAGUCUUUCCCCAUUGCAUGCUGAAGUAGAAGCUUUUGUUUGGACCCUGCGGUGUAUGAUUGGACACGACUACCGAGAAGUGGCUUUUUCUACAGAUUGCUCAGAUUUGGUGAAGAUGGUGUCUUCGCCUCAGGACUGGCCGGCUUUCAAGACCUACCUCGACGAUAUGAAGAUGGACAUGGAAGAGUUCUCCGUUUUCUCUUUGUCUCUAAUUCCAAGAAGUGCAAAUGUAAUUGCGGAUUCUUUGGCACGCCAAGCGCGUUCAUCUUCGCAGCAUGUGCUGUUUGUAAACGAUUUUUCCGCCAAUUGA